AACAGGAUUGAAGGGAACAGUUCCAACAAGUCGUUAUUAUAAAAGAAGCAGAAAUGAGUUCCCAACCCCACAUUAUCUCAUUUGUAAAUUAAGGAAAUAUAUAUUCAUGGAUUUUGAUGAUCACGCUCUCAACUCCACCUAUUUUCACCAACAAAAGCAAUUCCUUGUGCUAAGCAUGGAGCUGCAAGAAACCAGGCUCCGAGCAGAGGAAGACCUCAAAUCGCGCGACGCCCAAAUCCUCCACCUCAAGGAGCUGCUCGCCGCCGCCGUCAAAGAACGCGACGAAGCUCGAGACAACUGCAAGAGAAUCUUGUUCGAGAAGCUUCUGCUCCACCAAUCAGCUCCCAAUUCCGCCAUUUCCAGCAUCGAAGAAGACGACCCCACGCGAGGAAUCGACUCCGCCAACGCCUUCUCCUCCUCCGACUGCGACGAGAGCAUCGCCUCCUCGCCGCAGAGACUGCCGCCGCCGCCGGAGUUUCCGCUGGCGAUCAAGGGGCCGUUGCCGGAAAAAGGAAAGCUGCUGCAGGCGGUGGUGCGAGCGGGGCCGUUGCUCCAGACCCUCCUCCUCGCCGGGUCUCUUCCGCAGUGGCGCCACCCUCCGCCCCCGGUGGACCCCUAUCAGAUCCCACCACCGCCGGUGGCGGUGCCGCCGACGUCCACUCUGCCAGCACUGCCCCCACACUUCUUACGUCAUGGUGACGACAUCGGCACCGUUAAUGAUUGGACAGGUGCAAAACGAGGUCCGCCUGAAAUUACUAAUUGGUCUAACGAAUUGAAACGACAAACGACAAAGGACUGAUGUAUUAAUUAAGUGAACUUCAUGUAUUAAUUAAGUGAUCUAAGUUUGUGAGUCUUGUCAUUGAAAUUUUAGAAUUGGUAGUCAAGAUUAGGAAGAUUUGAGAAGUUGAUGUAGAAUUUGUACAGUGCUUCCACUUAGGAAGGGGAAAAUUAAGUGAAUUGACCAUUGGAGGCUUUCUUGGGCCAGCA